AUGUCUUCACAUGCUGCGAGUGCCACACUGUAUGGCUUGACCUUGAAUCUACGGCAAGCAGAGCAGACAGGCAGCCGACCGCGGAGUUCUUCGUCCGGACUUCAGUGGCAAAUCCACUGUAUACCAUUACCUUUCAGGAGCUUUAAUCUUGACAGAAGAUACCAUACUUCUUUGCCGUUCCAAUUUCACACCCCGAAGAGUUCUCCAGUCCGUCAAUAUAAGUCUCGAGAUUUGACAGGCGUGAGGCAGUCCGCCUCUCCACCGUACUGUGAGCCUGUACUCAUAAACGUCGAUCAGUGCAUCGCGGUUCGGAGUCCAGGGACCACAACUUUUGGAGCGCGUGGUUUGAAAUUUUUAACGUGUCAUCUGAGUGCUCGAUUGGCAUCGGUUUCUCGAAAGCGCCGGUGUUCUGAAUGUCAGCAGUCCACUGUUUAG